UGAGAGAGAGAGGAGAGGAGGGAGAAGGGGUGUCUGCAGGAUUGACAGUUGGUAGUGGUGUCGCUUCCUCGAUACGCGACGGUCCGCGGCCGCGUUGCGAUCGUCCGCGGCGUCUUCGCUCUUCUGUCACGGUUCUGCGUCGCGGAAGAGAGAGAGGGGAAAGAAGAGGAGCAAGAGGGGAGAGAGAGAUAGAGAGAGAGAGAAUUCAUCGUCGAGAAGGGAAUAUCCGGCGCUGUUUACCUUUAACGCGCGCCUCGCGCUCGCAAACGGGAGGAUCGCUCGAGACGCGCCGAGGGUUGAGGCCGGUUAGGAUCCUGCAGCCUUCUUCGGACACGGGGCUGAGGAGAGGAGGGGGGAUCCCGCGUCGCGCUUGUUUACACCUGAGGAGUCGCGAGUGCAGUCGGAGGGAACCACGUGCCGGCGGAGGAGCAACAGGCCUCGCUUCCUCGGCCGAUCAUCGAAGGAGGGGCAGCAAGUCGGCGACUCGGAAGAGCGGGAUCGUCCCGAGGGGAGGACGCGGGGAGGACAACCGGAAGCGGCGGGAAGAGACAAAGACGCCGCCGCCCCGUCCGCGUGCGAGCGGCGACUCGGCGCGCUUUAUCAUCCGCUCGCUAAAUGAUUCACGCUAACGCGUGAGCUGCGAGAGGAGCGAGCCCGCCGACGACGCCUCUCUCUUUCUCUAUUCGCGGGAGGCAGCUAUGUGAGAGGGACAGAGAGAAAGAGAGGAACUGGAACACAUCGAGAGUGUCGUCGGGAACUCGUCUAGCGUGGUUCGGUGACCGAACUCGCAUGAGAGUUCAGGGAAGGAAGGACGUCCGAGGAGAUAGAAGGAGCGAGGAGCGAGAGAGAACGAGCUACGGGCACAAGAAGAUAGAACGACGAUAGAGGGAGCGCAGGAGAAGGGGGAGAAACGCUGGAAAAAGGGCACCGCUGGUUGGAGGGAGAGAAGGGAAACAGCGGACGCACGCGCGCGCGCGCGCGCGGGAGAGAGAGAGAGAGUGAGACGAGAAGAAGGGGCAACAGAGAAGGAAGGUGAAGAGGCACGGCCUCGGCGAAGACGGGACGGAAGAGACGAAGGAGAAAAAAGGAGGGAGGGAGGUAGAGGCAGGCCGCGUGGACAACCGCUCGUGCACGCUCGUGGUGUCUCUUCGUUUCGUUUUACUGCUUUGGUUCGCGCAAGCCGCGACUUCGAUGAGUGCACUCGUUAGUGCCGGUUGACGCUACGUCUUCGAGGAGAUACACAGCCGCCGCGGGAGAUAGAGAAGCUGAAGCCACGGGACAGGACCUCUGUUGCUGAUCCGGGAAUUACACUCGUAAGUCGCCCAAGCGACAGACUCUCAUCGUCGCAAGCCCGGCCAAGCAGUCGACAGCUCAAUCAUGCUGAAGCUAUUGGGCAGCCUGAGCCAGUACCUGAAAAGCUCGCCCAUCAAGACCGAGUCUAUGCUCUUCAGGAUGCACAACAAGUUGACAGCGGUGAUGCUGUUGGCAUGCUCGGCGAUACUCACGGCCACCCAGUACGUCGGCAGCCCGAUCUCCUGCAUCGUCCAAGGCCUGCCGGAGCACGUCGUCAACACCUACUGCUGGAUCACGUCUACCUUCACCAUGCCGGACGCGUACUUUCGGCAGGUCGGCAAGGAGGUUGCCCAUCCGGGAGUGUCCAACGACUUUGGCGACUUCUCCGCGAGGAAAUACUACACGUACUACCAGUGGGUCUGCUUCGCAUUGUUCUUCCAGGGGGUCCUGUGCUGGCUUCCGCAAUGGCUGUGGAAUGCCUGGGAGAACGGCCUGAUGGAGACCAUCGUCAUGGGCAUGAAUCUUAGCAUGGACACCAAGGAGAACAUCGAAAAGAAGAAGAACGUGCUCAUGGAGUACCUGACGCUGAACAUGAAGCGUCACACGUCGUACGUGUAUCGAUACUUCGUCUGCGAGUUCCUGUGCCUCGUCAACAUAAUCGGCCAGCUCUACCUGAUGAACCACUUUCUGGGCGGCGAGUUCUUCAGCUACGGCACGCGGGUGCUGCAGUUCAGCAACAUGGACCAAGAGAAGCGGGUGGAUCCGAUGGUCUACGUGUUCCCCCGUAUGACCAAGUGCAUCUUCCACAAGUACGGCCCGUCCGGCACGAUCCAGACCCACGACUCCCUGUGCUUGCUGCCGCUCAACGUGUUCAACGAGAAGGCCUACAUCUUCUUCUGGUUCUGGCACUUGCUCAUGGCCCUUCUGCUGCUGGGCCUGGUGGUGUACAGGCUGCUGAUCAUCUUCGCGCCCAGCUUUCGCCCGAGGUUGCUGCACAUGGCGGCCAAGAGGCUGCCGAUCGAGAUCUGCCGGAGCGUCAACAGCAAGGUCAACCUCGGCGACUGGUGGAUACUCUACGGCCUCGCGCACAACAUGGACCCGAUCAUCUACAGGGAGUUCCUCGCGGAGUUCGUCAAGAAGAUCAGCAACGGCAAGAUGAACAUCUAACUCGCGCGUACAUGUGCGCGCGUGUGUACAUGUACAGUAGGGAAUUGGAAUAGUUUUGUUUUUUAUACGCGCCACGACUCGCAUCUCUCUGCCCGCGACGGUAACGCCUUCACCGGCCCGCCUGCCGCUCGAUUGCCCCAGUUUUGAAUGACUUUGCAAACUCGCAGCGGCCAGCGGAAGUCGCUCGGUCCGGCUAGA